AAAACAGAAUGAGCAAUUGCGGGAGAGUCCUGCAUAUUUCAGGAGAUGCAGAGGACAUUUGGGCAGGCAUAAAUGCACGCCGCCAUGGCUUCGCUUAGCCAUGAACCUGUCACCGCUUUGUUCCUCCACCUCCUAAGGGUCUCCCGAUGCACCCACUUGUCUGCGGGAAGGGGGGGCUUCUUCCGCCUGCCGGGCUUCUGCUGCCACCGCCGCUGAGAUGAGUCCUGCCGGCUGCAGGGUGGCAGGCUCUCGGCUCUUUUGAUCCCUUCACCCAGCCAUGGGGGUCUGGCUGUGGCCUCUGCUCUGGGGCUUCCAGAUGGAGCUUGUGUGGGGUGCAGGGAUCUUCCAGCCCCAGAGGUCGCCUCCCCCCAAGGCCAGGACGCCCAAGGCGAAGGAAUGGACUCCAUCAUCGUCCUCUUCCUCAGCUUCCACUUGGGUGCCCACCCCGGACCUCGACAAGGUGGACCUGGAGGGUUCUGAGGCAGCCUUGACUUUCCUGUACUCAGGGGACGCUCUGAGGCUCUCCCAAGCCAACUGCAGCCGCCGCUUCGAGGUGCGGGACGGGGGCAGGGCCUCCACCCCCCCGCCGGGCCUGCGCUCCGCCCUGAGGGGGGCCACCGAGACCCUGACCCACGCCACCAACUUCCUCAACAUGAUCUUCCAGACCAAUGACAUCAGGGAGUCGAGCGUCAAGGAGGAUGUGGAGUGGUACCAUGCCCUGGUCCGGAGCGUCGUCGAAGGGGAUCCCCAGGUCUACCGGGCCGUGCUGACCUUUGACGCCCACCCGGCGUCUUCCAAACCCCAGCUGAUGCUCCAGGCCACCAAGGAGAACAACGAGAUCCUGCUGCAGGACCUGUCCGCCUCUUCCGAGAGCCUGCGGAACCUGAGCUGGGAAAACCAGUGGUUCAACGGCCUGCAGGCCCAGCGGGGCCUUUUCCUGCACAAGCGGGUCCUCAGCAACGACCUCAAGAGCCUGGACACCCCCAAGUGGAACCGGGGCGACAGCUACGUGAUGGACUCCAGCCACGUCAAGUGGUCGCCACCCUUCCUGGAGUGCCAGGAGAGCAAGUUCCUGCCCAGCUGGAUGGUGACCCUGUCCUCCUCCUUCUACGGGCUGAAGCCGGACCUGAGCCCUGAGUUCAAGGGCGUGGUGAGGAUGGACGUCAACCUGCAGAACGUGGACAUCAAUCAGUGCGCCAGCGGCCCGGGAUGGUUCAGCGAUACGCACCAGUGUGAUCUCAACAGUACACAGUGCAUCCCGCAGGAAAGCCGGGGCUUCGUUCUCGGAAGAUACCUCUGUCUGUGCAAGCCGGGCUUCUAUGGCGCAAGCAGGGCCUCCGGCACUGGCCAGUCCGGCCCCGAGGAAAGCUCGUCCCAGUACGCAGGGCAGUACGGAGCCGUGGACUCUGGGACCUUGCUCGAGUGCCGGCCCUGCAAGGAAGGAUGCGUGACGUGCGUGGACAACACCCCGUGUUUGAUCCAGGAGGAUUGGUCCCUGCGGGCUGCUGUCCUCUCUUUCCAGGCCUUCUGCAUGCUGGCCGUCUUUCUCAGCAUGCUGGUCUCCUACCACUUUCGAAUGAGCAAGAGGAUCCGGGCAUCAGGAGUUAUCCUGCUGGAGACCAUCCUCUUUGGAUCUCUGCUUCUCUACUUCCCUGUGUUUAUCCUGUAUUUCAAGCCGAGCAUUUUCCGCUGCAUCAUCCUGCGCUGGGUGCGCAUGCUUGGGUUUGCCAUCGUCUACGGGACCAUCACCCUCAAGCUGUACAGGGUGCUGAAGGUGUUCCUCUCCCGCUCAGCCCAGCGAAUGCCCUACAUGACCAGCGGGCGGGUGCUGAAGAUGCUGGGGCUGAUCCUGCUCUUGGUGCUCUGGUUCCUGGCCGCCUGGACGGUGGGGAUGUUGGAGAACAUCGAUAAGAACAUCCCGCUGGUGAUCCGCUCUCAGACUGCCAAGGGGCUUCAGUUCUACAUCUGCGACCAUGACCGGUGGGACUACAUGAUGGUUGUGGCUGAGAUGCUCUUCUUAUUCUGGGGCAGCUUCUUGUGCUACGCCACCCGGACGGUGCCCUCUGCCUUCCAUGAACCUCGCUACAUGGGCAUCGCCCUGCACAAUGAGAUGAUCAUCUCUGCAGCCUUCCACGUUGUCAGGUUCGUGAUGGUUCCCUCGCUGCAUCCCGACUGGACGCUGCUGCUGUUCUUUAUUCACACGCAUGUCACCAUUACCAUGACGCUGGCACUGCUCUUCAUCCCAAAGUUCUUGCAUGCCAAAUCGCCCCUGCGGGAGGAGAUCGCGGCGGAGGUCUACGAGGACGAGCUGGACAUGCGGCGCUCGGGCUCCUACCUGAACAACAGCAUCACGUCGGCAUGGAGCGAGCACAGUCUUGACCCCGAUGACAUUCGGGAUGAAUUAAAAAAGCUUUACACGCAGCUGGAGGUCCACAAAACCAAGAAGAUGACCGCCAACAACCCUCACCUUCAGAAAAAGAGGAGCUCCAAGAAGGGCCUGGGCCGCUCCAUUAUGAGGCGCAUCACCGAGAUACCAGAGUCCGUGUCUCGGCAGUGCAGCAGAGAGGGCAAGGAGAGCUCCGGCACGGGUGGCGGUGGGAGUCGCUCCGGCUCCUACAAAAGAAGGCUUCUGGACUCCGGCAGCUCCAGCGUGAAGGUGAAAGAUGACUCCUCCAGGCACAAAGCCUUCUCUCUGAGGAAGUCCCACAGCACCUACGACCACGUGCAGGACACCAAGGAGGGCUCCUCGCCCCCCAGGCGCGACAGCGUCUGCAAGGAACCCCCACUGCUGGACACCUUGAUGAGGAAAAAGCUGGCCAAGAAAGCCGCCGAGAGAACCCAAGGCGAUUCCCUGGACUCGGCCCCCCUCGUCUACAAGUCUGCCAGUGCCCACAACCUGUUGGCGGACAAGAAACCCCUUCACCCCAAACCCUCCCCCUUGCAGAAAUCCCUCAGCGUCCUCAUGAGCGCCAGAGAGAAGGCCCUGCUGUUGACCAGCCGGGCGUAUUUGGAAGACAGCUGUGAACAAGCUGGAGAAAAGGAGGGGAAGGGGAAGGAGGGAGCUUCCACUCCUGAAAUGCAAUCCCCAGGGCAGGCGGAUGGCGGGGAGGCCACUGAGCAGGCCCCGGAGGAAGGGAAACAGCCGCAGAGCGACGACGUAGCCCAAGGGACCGUGAGCUUCUUCCUGCAAGACAGCUUUGACAGGGCCACCGUUUGCCCCUGGGGGGAGGAAGUGACCCCACCAGACAGCAAGGUGCAGAAACAUGUCACGUAUGCCCCGAUGAAAAGCAUCAGCGUUGACAGCUCUCACCUGUCGGGGAGGGUGCCCCCUGCCAGCAGGAGAACACCGCCACAACCACCCAUCAGGUACCAAAGCUUGGCUCACAAUCUCGAAAGGAGCGAGGUUGCCCCCUGGGACGCUCAGGAGCACAUGCGGCCUGCCACAGACGCUCCCGGUCAGGGCUCCAAAGAUACAGGUGCGCUGAUCUACAGCUGUCCAUGGGAGGUGGAAGAGCUUACGGGAAAGAUGGAGAAGGCAGAGCGGGGAGAAGAUAAUGUGCAACCUCCGUCCACGCCUGGGAAGAGCAGACUGAUGUCUGGAACUUCCUUUGCUGCGGAAAUAUGCCCGUGGGAACUGACGGAGGAGGAAGGUUUCAAUCAGAGUCAGCAGGACCAGCCAAGCAAACCAGGAGGUGCCGAGAAACCAAACAGCUCUCUGGCAAAAGCCCAAAGCCUUAAGAUCUCCCCCCAGAAAAGCUCCCUCAAGAGUUUAGGGUUAGCCAUUAGAGCGUUUAACCGGGCAAGGGAGAAGAGCAGCGUUAAAGGAAGGAAGGAGGACGAGGGGAGCCAGAGGGAGAAAGAGAAAGAAAAAGAGGCUGGCAGUAGACACAAUAAGCCCAAACUAGCGGAAACCUCAACGCUAUCCAUCGGCGGGAUGGCAAGGCGAGAGGCCGCAGCCAGAGGUCCCAAGGAAAGCAGGCAGAAGAUGAGUAAACAAGCCACCAUCUGCCCCUGGGAAGAGGCGAAUACAACCCCACCCCAGCAAAACAAGGACACCAGCAAAAUGUUUGAAAUAUGCCCAUGGGAGGUGAGUGUGGAAGAAGCAGAUGGUGCCCAAGAGGGGUCAGCGCCAGCCAAAGCAAGCAGCAGAGCAGAAAGGAGGAGUUCAAAAGACACAGGAGGCACCAUACGUGGGAAGCUGGAGAGGGUGAGGAGCCAGUGGGAAUCCAUGUGUCCCUGGGAGACCAUACAUUCUGGUGGAGCCCUGCAACAAUGGAGCAUGGAUGAGGCUAAAACGUCCCAUCACUCCAAGAUGGACAGCAAAAAUCCCGAGGCAUGCCCCUGGGAAACUGCAGAGGUUAUAACCAGUGUCAAAAAUGAAAUAUGCCCUGUGGACACAACUGAAGCUCCACCAGUGAAACAGGGUAAAGACAGAGCUCCCAAAGGGGACAAGAGCAUCACGCUGAAAGCAGCGGCAGGUCCAGGCAAAACACUGGAGAAGGGAAGCAGCCAGCGAGAGGCCAUCUGCCCCUGGGAGAGCUUGGACAUGGAGGAACUGUCAGCAAAAACUGACACAAAACACACUGAUCUGCCAAAAGGGACUUCAAAGAAAUCUGACAGCGUUGAGAGCAGAAAGGCAGAGGUUUGCCCGUGGGAAACAGUGGAGGUCGAAACCAGUGUUAACGCUGAAACCUGGGAGGUGGCUGAUGCGCCACCAGAGAAAGGAACUUUAUUAAGUAAAGUUGGUGUGACUUCCAAAGAGGAUAAGAGCAUCAGGUCAAAAGCAACAGGUGCAUCUAAAACACUGGAGAAGGGGAGCAGCCAGAGGGAAUCCAUCUGCCCCUGGGAGACCAUGGAUGUGAAGGACGCAUCACUAAAACCAGUUUCCAAAAGUUUUGAUCUAUCUAAAGUUUCCUCCAAGAAAUUUGACAAUGCUGAUAACAAAAAGGCAGAGGUUUGUCCAUGGGAAAGUGCAGAGGUUGAAACCAGCAUUCAAAUGGAAAUCUGCCCCUGGGAAGCAGCUGAAACUUCAUCGGAUAAAGGGAAAACAAAACAGGAUAGGGAUGAAGCUUACACAGCCAGUUCAAGGGAGACCAGAGAUAUGCCAUCUAAGAAGUUAGAGACAGGGGGCAGCCAGCGAGAAUCUGUCUGCCCCUGGGAGAGUAUGGAUAUGGAGGAACUCUCAAUCAAGCCUGCUACAAAGAGCCUAGAUCUGUAUAAAGCUGCUUCAAAGAAAUCGCACAGUGUUGAAAGCAAGAAGGCAGAGGUUUGUCCCUGGGAAAAUGCAGACGUUGAAGCCAGUGUUAAAACUGAAAUCUGCCCCUGGGAGGUGGCUGAGACUCCACCAGAGAAAGAAACACAGGAGAAAGUUGGUCUCUCCAAAGGCGACCAGAGCAUCACCUUGAAAGCAGCAGUGAGUCCAUCUAAAAUGCUGGAGAAGGGAAGCAGCCAGCGAGAGUCCAUCUGCCCCUGGGAGACCAUGAGUGUGGAGGAAUCCUCUGUAAAAACAGACAGUAAAAGCUUUGAACCAUUCAAAGGCCCUUCAAAGAAAUCCGGCAGUGUGGAGAGCAAAAAGGCAGACAUUUGCCCUUGGGAAAGCCAGGAGGUUGAAGCCAGCAUUAAAGCUGAAAUAUGCCCUGGGAAAGUGUCUGAAGCUCCAUCAGAUAAAGGGAAAUUAAGACAGGACACAAGUGUGGGGGAGGAGACAGGUUCAAGAGGAACUGGAGACAUCCCAUCUAAAAUGCUGGAGAAGGGAAGCAGCCAGCGAGAGUCCAUCUGCCCCUGGGAGGACUCCUCUAUAACAACUGACCUGGGCAAAAUUUCAUCGAGGAAAUCUGACAGCAUUGAGAGCAAAAAGUCCGAUAUUUGCCCUUGGGAAGGAUUAGAUCCAAAAGCGGUUGAGAAAGAAAGUUCGAAGGCAGAAAUAUGCCCGUGGGACGUCGAAGGAGCCUUGCCCAGUCGGACUGAAAAGCAGGCCAUGGAAACAGGCAGCACAGCUGUUACGGGAACUCCAACAGCCCAGCCAAAAAAAUCAAAAAAUAAACCCACAGGCCAGGCCGAACACAAGCCGCUGCAUCGCCUCGUGCCUGACCCCAAGCCCCUGAGAGGUUUCAGCAAAGCCCACAGCAUGAUGGCAGAUGUGCCCCCCCGGGAAGCGGGCGUGGCCAGGUGUCUUAGCACAGGUGGCAGCGGGAUGGCAGACAUCUGCCCGUGGGAAGCGGAAGGGGCUCCAACGGCGGCUGCAAAGGAUGGAGCAGAAACCAGCAAAACCUCGGAGGCGCGUCGGCUGGAGGCAGGAGACGUCAGUCCCAUCCACGCCACCCCAGCCAGAAGCAAAACAGCAGAAAAACGGAGAGAGGAAACCAGGGGUCCCAGCCCAACCAAAUCAGAUGUCCCAUGGGACUGUAAGUAGCUUUUUCCAUGAGGGUGGGAAACGGAUGCAGAUGAGGCGAGAAGGCGACUUCAACCAAUGAUUGCUUCAAUUCUUAGCCCCGCCUACUGCGUGUCCGCCAAACCUGGAUUAAGGACAUGAUUGAAUCCUACACUGACAGUCGAUGGCGUGGGUGACAAAAUCCCAGACGCAAAUAUCCUUGAUCCUCUCAGUUAGUGGAAAUGAACCACACUUGGACUCUCUAUGGGCCACUACUGUCAGGGGACAGUUGCAAUUUUCUGCCUUCACUGAAAACCCAAGUCAACUGUGAUACUCUGCAGAUUCCAUCUUUUGUCUGUCAACACAUAGCGAGGUUCCGUUGUGUCCUCUUUGUCAAACCAGUGGUAUUGGAAAGCGUUAAGACCAUCCUCAAAGCCAGCCUCACACACUUCCACCAGCCAUAUGUCCAACGCGCUCAUCUAAAACUGUAACUCGCUAAACAAAAAGUCUCGUCUGCGAGCUCUGGUGAAAUGAGGAGGGAUGUGCUUGGCGUCCAUCAUAUGAUUCUCCGUUUACAGCUAUGUCUCAGUUAGCUGAUAGUCUGGAAGUGCAUGGAACUCCUUGGUGCGCAACCAAUGGGCCCAUACAGGAGGAUAAAUCAAACUUAAUGAGGGGUCGAUAAGCCUUACACCCAAAAUGCUGCUCAUCCUUAGCCUAUCUGAGGAACCUUACUGCUCCCUUGAGCUACUUACAUUGAGGUUUGUAUUUUCGCAAGUCACUGACCCUCUCUCCCAGGCCUGAGCCAGCCAAGGUCACCUCCUGCAAGGUGCUGAGCACCUUCAAAUUACUGUUGAUGUUUAACAUUUGUAUUAUGGUGGAGGCCCCAGUCAGGAUCAAGACUCCACUGUGCCGAGCGCUGAGUCUGUAAUGACAAGGCAGUCCUUGCCCCAAAGAGUUACCAAUCUUAGCAACAGAGGAGAGCUAGCCAGUGGAGAAAACACAGCACACAGGGGAGGACAAGGCAACAGGGAAACAGUUGUGUUUGGUGUAAUAAGCAGCACUUUGGGCACACAACUGGAGUCUAAAAUUUGAAGACAACGGGUAUUGAGAGACUUCUGCAAUUGACAGGCUCGGACCUUGAACGUCAAUGAAAAGCCUAUUGUGCAGAGCCGAAUGACACAUAAUAGUGAGGUGGAACAUGGGGACAGGGUCAAUGCAAAGAUGAGGCCGAGUAGGAAAGGGAAGAUGCUUUUCAAGUCAUUGCCAACAGCCCAACCGAUCACUCGUCGAACACUGCAGCCAUCUUCAUUUUGGUGAAGGGUAACUCCAGUAAUCUAGUUCAGAUUUUGAAGCUUGAGAUAAACAAACUGCUGCUUAUGUUCCACUCCAGUCGCGUGUCACUCUGUUGCCUAGAUUUCAAAUUAAGUUACUUUUAGAUUCCCCACAGAGGCCCUGAACCAGUCACACGAAUUUCACGUAUCUGAAACGAGCCAUUUUUGUUUCAUUCGAGCGAUGCUGGCUCAGUGCCUGCAUGUUAUUUGUGAGUCAGUGAUUCUCUUUUCUCUUGCCACAAAUCUCUGGAUGUCUUCCCGGGGAAUAAACUAACCUUCAGGCCCUUCCAAUGCUUCGCUUUUAGAAACCUCGGUAUUAACAAACCCCAGGGAUCAGUCACUGCAGUGCCAGCGACGCAGCUGGCUAAAUACACGGCACUAUUACACCGCUGUCACGGGAACUCCAACUUAAGGGUGUUUAUUGUCUUAACUAACAAUGCCACUAACUUUCCAAAGCACUUUUUCAUUACUGGUUACUGUGUGUGUCUGUGUGAUCACACCCUGCGCAAACAUGCCUAGGGCUACAAUUCCGCUUCUUGGCCCAGAAGGCAUCCAAGCCUCCCCAGGAAGGGUAAUCGCUUUCAUUUUCACGGUCAAGAAUAGCAAGCCUUCACUUUGAGGCGACACAGAGAGAUGUGUUUUCCUGGAUGCCUUUAUUGUCCUGUCCCCCUCCCCACCCUGCACCAAUUUUUAGGUGGAGUUGGGAGAUGUUACGCCUGCUGGAAGCCCAGUCCCCAAAAGGGCCUAAUGCUGCAGCAGCCCAAGAAAGGGCCCCUGUGUAGAGGAGGGCAUAUGCUGGGAGUCUGAGCAGCAUGGAUCAAUGCAGCGGGCCCUUAGGCCCUAGUCAGGAGAGCACAAGUGCUGCUGGGCAAAGACCAAGGUGCGUCAGCAGAGGGGCGUCUGGGAAGCCAGCAGUGCCUACCUGCCCACCCCGUGCCUGGCUCUAGACAGUGCCCCGUUCUCCCCAUGACCUCUCCCCUCUCCUUAAAACAGGUGGGAAUUGUACAGGGGAAGGUGCACACAACUUCCUCGCCCUGGAACUUUCCACAGGAGGAAACACGGUGCCUGACGUGGGCAGCGGCAGAUUGACCGUGGGACAAUUAUUGACCAUGGACAGAAAGAGAAAUACAAAGGAAAGUUUUCCCCACGAGGAGAGAAAUGGGGGGAGAACGGCCAGGGCCAGCCUUAGAGGUCCCCACCCAGCCCCAAGCUCUGCCCAGCUUAGCAUAGGUCUGAGACCAUGACAGAGAAAGCGCUGAGAGAGAGAUGCCAGUUCUACCAACUUGAUCUUGGCCCUCUCCCCUUCUCUCCAGGAGUCAGGGCUGCUCGGGACAGUAGCUUCCCAGUAUUCCUCACCUUUGCCACCUGUCCCAUUCAGAUGGGAGCAGUGAGGUCAGAGACAGCAAAAGUGAAUGUUUUAGCUUCAUCCCCCAUCGCGUGGCUUUGGCGCAGGAUUUGUCUCCUCUCCCCUCCCAUCCUUUACUUUCACUGUGUCCGUAGGAAGUUGCGAUGCCGUAUAGCGUACGUGACUGUUUCAGCGCUGAAUGUCACACGGGAUCAUCCGAUUGUGUAAGAAAAUGUACAUACAGAGAAUAAAGAGAGUUAUCUAUAUCCACAA